AAAAUUCGCGGCUUUUUUUGAACGACAGAGAAACACGGCAUGGAGUAUAUAGAGAGAAUGGAGUCCAGAGGACGCAGUGUUCUUGGAGAGGUGAAAGUUCACGACAAUGCAGCGGCUUUUGCCCCCAGACGAGAGAUCCCGCGCACCCCUCCCCGGCUGUUCCACCACCAGCCGCUCAAACCAGCUUCUCCCACCGUCUCUGCCUCGGUCAAACCAGGGGAGAGGGACAGUGGUCCCCGUUUACAUGGGAAAUCAUCAGCGAACCCCUCAAAAUUAGGAGAAGGGGGUUGCGAAAAUGACCCCCCAGCCAACAGGGGUAGCCCCUUUAAUCAGAGAGGAGCUCAGGCUCCGUGUUUCACUCCAAGAAAGUCUCUAGCACGAUCCCCUCCUAGACCAAUAACUCCGACUACUCCAAAUAAUGCCCCUCCACCUACAAGAUUUGAAAUUCCACGCACUCCUCUGGCCAUUAAGCCAGUAUCUCCACCUCAAAGGAAAGUUGAAGUCCAUCAGUUGCCCCGUGUUGAAUCCAGGACGUCCCAAAUUCAACCUGCCCCGGCCCAGAAAGAGCCUGCACCACCAAAACCUGUCUCACCUCCCAUCAUCACUGCAGAUAAGGGGGAGAAGAGAGGCGUGGGGUUGUUGCCAGAAGGUCUUGUGUGUACGGAGAAUGACCUGGCCUUCCUCCAACACGUGGAGACCAUUCAACAACACCAGCGACUACAGGGGGAGUUGUCUGAGCUGGACAAGGCAGUGAAGACGGCUGCACAAGAGAAGGAACAACUGAGUCACCAGGCUCAGAAAAUACAGACCGAUGUCAAACAAAUGGUGAGAAACUUCUUUGACCACUAAAUAAUGCAAAAUUUUCGCAGUGCGUGUAAUUAUAGAUUGACAGGUUUUGAAGUUUGUGUUUUUUUAACAGAAAGAGAAGUAUGUGGCGACGCUCUCGGGUGUUCGCAGUCUUCAGUUGACCUCUGAUGACCCAAACUCCGCCCACUUAACGGGCGUGACUCCUGAAGAGCUGACGACGGCUGAGCUAAGCCACGCCCACCUGGCGAGGCUGCGACAGACUAGGAAGCUGAUGGCAGUACAACUGGAGAAGACGGAGAGGGAGAUUCAGAGAAAGACGUCCGUCCUAUCGCAGGAGAGAGAGGCAGUUGAAGACAAGAGAGUGAAGGAGAGUCUGAAUGUGGAAGAAUUGAGCAAAGACAUUGAAAAUGUCCAGCUGGAGAAAAGAGAGUGGGACGAGAGAGUGAGGAAGGCUUCCGACACCAAACAGGCCAUGGAGAAAGAGUUGGAGUCACUGCAGUCACAGCUAAAGGCCUCGCAAACUGACCUUUCACCUCCACAUACACAGUCAGCUAGCAGUGAGAGACGUGAGGCCGAGGAGAGACUGCGUCGUCUGGUGAAACGAUGCGAACUUUACGUCAAGAGGCACGAACUACUGAAACAACUGAGACAGCAAAUCUAGACAUUAUAGACACAGUCAUCAUUUUAUACCCACAUACUUGUCAGCCCAUUAGUUUGUAUUAUGUGCAGUCAGCUAUGCAAGUCCAUUUUAGUUCCACAUGAAUCAAAGAAAACUGGGCAUUAUUGGACACCCAAUCAAGUGCAUGUCAGCAGUGUACUCAAGUUCCCAUCAGCAGUGCACUGUUUCAGUUGACUGGGACAUUGCUGAAGAGACCAUCAUCUUUUUAUUCUUGUGUGUUCGGAACUUCGGAAGCCCCAGCUGCAAGCGAAACGUGAGAGCUGCGUGUGAACAGUAGCAGGCGCUGGCUGAGGUUGACAGGUUGUGGCGAGAUAACGCAAGUGCUGAUUACGAAACUGACUGGACAGCUGGAGGGCUAGGGCUAGCCGGCCG